AUGAAGAAGCUCACCAACAUGCCGGCGCUGUUCCAUACGCAUGUUGACGACGAGCAAAUUCUCUGGGCAGUGCUGGUUGGAUCUGUGGAGCUCUCAACAAAUCCCACUGCCUCCGACCUGAACUUUUGCGCAAGGAAGAUCGAGGAGCGCCUUCGCAAUCUUGAGGAGGCGGAGCAUCGCUUCAAGUGGUUCUCCGGCCAGUGGACAAAGCCCCUAAUGCGACAGUUGAUCCGCAACUGGUGCUGCGGAAGCCUGGUAAUUUCUCCCGACUUGACCGCCUCCUCGGGCUCGCCCAUCCAGUUUGUUCGUGAAUACUACGGCGACGACAUCGGCUAUCCACCUCCAGAAGAACAGACGGAGGAGUGGAAAGAAUUCCAGACCUCCCUCUACGUGCUCAUGGCGAGGAGCACGUGCCUUGCUUAUCCUAUGGCGACUGCCAAGGGGAUCGUUUCUUUCUCAGACAUGCAGGACUUCGACUGGGCUAAGUACGACAUGGAAAGCAAGAAGCGCAACUCAGACAUCACGCAGCUUGUCCCGAACCGCUUGGCACGGAUGAUUGCCUUCCAUCCGGACGAAAAGAUGCAGAAGUUCUACCAGGACAUGGGUGCACGCGCACGCAAGAAGUGGGGCUUCGAGCAGUACGCAACCUUUGCAGACGCUGUGGCUGCCGAACAAAGUCUGCUGCCGGAGCAGCUACCAUCUUUUGUGGGUGGGUCUUGCAAAGUUGACAUUGCGGAGUGUUUGAAGUAUCUCUUCCGGCGAGAACCUGAAGCACUAGCGUUGAUGGAAGAAACGUACGCAGAGAUGAAGGCCACAAAUGAAAUCCCACAUCCGAAGCACAUGCAAUUGGCUGCAGUUUGA